AUGGCUGAGCAGCUAUAGAAGAUCAGCACUUCAGACAAGACUCCUGGAGUUGAGAUCAAGUUCAGAAGCUCUUGCUCCCGGGAUUUCCUCUUCAUGCAGCCUGCCCAGGGAAACUGCAGAUCCUCAGGGGACUGAGCGCGGGGCUCCCUCCUUCCUCCCGCCUCGCUUUUUCUGUUUUUUAUUUUUUUCUUUCUCUUUUUUCUUUCUUUUGUUUUGUUUUGUUUUUCGUGUGUGCGUUUUGUUUUGAUUUUUCUCCCCUCCGCUUUGACCUCACUAUAAAGCGGGAGCUGGGGGCCGAGCGUCUUUUCGGAGCGACCGGCCGCCGGCCCGUGUCUGCGCGCCGCUAGCCGGGAUGCCUCUCCCCGCGGCGCUGCUACCGGCGCUGCUCCUGGGGCUGCUGUGGCCGGGGGCGGUGCGCGGCCGGCCGCCCCCGGGCCGCCUCCCCGCCGGGCCCCGCCAGCGGCGCUGGGACGCGGCUCUCUUCGCCCGCUCCGUGGCACGUCUCCCGGCCGAGCGCCGCGACGCCGCCCGCGACGGCGACUACCUCCUGGGCAUCAAGCGGCUGCGGCGACUCUAUUGCAACGUGGGCAUCGGCUUCCACAUCCAGGUCCUGCCCGACGGCCGCAUCGACGGGAUCCACAGCGAGAACCGAUACAGUCUGCUGGAAAUCUCCCCUGUGGAAAGAGGAGUGGUGAGCAUAUUUGGUGUUAGAAGUGGACUCUUCGUGGCCAUGAAUAGCAAAGGCAAACUCUAUGGAUCUACCCAUUUCAAUGAUGAGUGCAAAUUCAAAGAGAUCCUCCUGCCAAACAACUACAAUGCUUACGAAUCCAGGAUUUAUCCCGGGAUGUACAUAGCCCUGAGCAAAAACGGAAGAACAAAGAAAGGCAAUAAAGUAUCUCCCACAAUGACGGUGACACAUUUUCUUCCUAGAAUCUGAGACAUCUCCCUCCCGACCUACCUCAGCACAGGGGAAGACUCAGAACACGUUUGGGAAGAAAAAAAGAAACGUGGUGCACUUUUACUGGAGAGUUUUAUGCAAGAGUAGGUGUAAGAUAUUUAAAUUAAUUAUUUAAAUCUGUAUAUAUUGCCACUAAAUUUAUUUAUAGUUCUGAUUAUUAUUUUUUUUUUCCUGAGAACAAAACAAACCUCCAAGCCCAGGUAUUUCAUUUCACGGUGCAACAGUGGGAGACUUCUGCUUUGUGGUUUACUUAAUUCGUUUCCUAAGUUAUCACAGGUGUGCUGCUACUACGUGUUCUAUAACCGGUGACACUCAAUUCCUACUACAUCACAACGUUUUGCACUGUUGGUGUGUUGUAUAGCGCCUAUUGUUGUACGUGUAUUUGUUCGCUAUGUUGGCUUUGUUCCCUUCUGUGUUUUCAAAACCCCCACAACUCCCAGAGAAGCUCUUGGCCUUUGAGAAGGAGCAGCACGGAGGUGCCUGGGUGGGAUGCCGGCACGGAGCCACACACAAUGCCUGACCUCCUUUGUGCAGCGUUGCUAUUUAAUUGGAGCGGUAUCGGUUUACUUCGGUGCAGAAAGUGCGGUGCUGAAGAGCUGCCCCACAAAUCUGUUUUUAGAUCUGCCAGCGCUGAACUUUGAACUUUCCUGCAGUCAGUCUUAGAGCUGCCAGGCAGCGGAGAGGUUUAAGCACCUAUAUAAACUCAGCGGGCUUUUUAUUUUCUUUUCUAUUUAGAUAAACAGGAGCAUCAUAUUUUCGCGGCCCUUAAUGGACGCUACAUUUGAUACGAUUGCUUCAUAUUAGGCAAACAAAUUGUCUGCUCCUCCCCCCCAGAGAGCGCACUGGGACACGUGCUAUGAUGAACAGAUUAUAUACUUCAUUCAAAUCAACUUCCCUCUCAUAUUUGGGGACUACACGCAUUUGUCAAAAUCUGCAAAAAAACACUGUAAUACUCAUACGCUUUGAAAAGGCAAAGUCAUUUGCUGGUUCACUGAAAUGCAAGCUCCAUAGAGAGAAUUUAGAUUGAUUACAAGUAACCGAGGUUGUUUUGUACUAUUUAUUAUUUUUGGUGCAGUAUUUGGAAGGAGAAAUAUGCUGCUUUUUUUUUUUUUUCCUGUCUCAUUCCCUAAAAAAGUUGAUUAAUUUCUACCUCACUAACUCUCAAAGCCAACCUCCUAACAAAAUCUGCAUGGAAGGUACACGCUUUUCUGCUUGGUCUUAUAAUGUUGGAGGAGGGCUUGGGGGAAACAAUUGCUGUAAUCCCAAAUCUCUAUUUUUUUCCAUAUGUAGCCAAAAGUAUUCAAGAUAGAGUCGGUUGCAUCCUAUUUGAGCCUUGUCACGUUUGAGCUAUCUUUACCCAGUGAUUUACUUUUAGUAAGGAUAAUCAUGGUGAAAAUAUUUGCAGACAGCUGUCAGGCUGCAGUACCAUAUCGUCAUCAAGUAACCCUAUAUUUUUCUUUAUACAUUUUGCAAGAGUAACUCAAUGUCUCUAACGCGAUGAAGAAAAAGUCAGGUUUGAUUAUGGGGGAAUCUUUAAAAUGAUCCAUUUUUUCCUUUGUUCUUUCCUUCUCCUCUUUAAGUGAUACGCCACCUUUGUGGCAUCGAUACAUUAAGUUGUAACCAGGACUAACCACAACGUUUAAUGGAUUAGAGGAUGUUUACAGAUCAUCUUCAUACCUAAACUAGCCGUUUCUGACCACAUGCAAGUCUCAAGGCCGUGGGUAAUUUGAGUUCAGCUAUUUUUUUUCCUUUUACAUUCCUACAAGAAAGUAUUUGUUCUAUUGGAAUCAUAUAGACUUACCUCUAUUCUCUGCUUACACAUGACCUUGAAGACAAAAUCUACUCACCAGAGUUCAGUGAGACCAGAACAGACCAGGACCACACCUUUAAGCCAGCUGCUGCCAAAGCAAAAAUACAGUUCAAAAAAAAAAAACCAGGAAACCAAAUGGGGGAGAGCGCCCAGGAAAUGUCAUGCCUAAGGAUUUUUGUUUCUGUAAUUCAGGGGGAUUUCUCUACUUUCUAUGCGUUCUGUAUGUGAGCAAUCAUUGUGUAAUUAUCACUGCUACCUCUGCUAACAGGUGGUUUUGUCCUAAGAUUCAGACAGCAAGAUCGCAAAGAGUUUCCCUGGGAACGGUUCUUUGCCACUUUUCACGCCAUCAAAAUCCUCAACUGAGAGCCUCACAUAAGAUACAAUCAGAGGUAGUUGUUGUAACUUUGAAAUAUCGUGAUAAAACCUAGAUGACAACGUUACAUGGUAUGAGUUUUCACCAUUUACCAGAAUCUGUCUGUAGUUUUAUACAGGUGCUGUUCAAGACUGUGGUGUAUGUGCUGUGCACAUUUAAAUGCACAAUAAAUGAUAAAUGUUUACAG